GCUCACUGAACGCGCAGACACGGAAGCGGCUCCUAAAAGUCGGGCUGGGGGAGAGUGGGGUCGGUGGGCAGGCGCUUCCCUCUUCUUCAGGAUAUCCUUGGAUUCGGAGUUUCCCUGCAAUUCUCCCCUGGUGGUUCCUCAUCCUGUGCGUGAAGCACGGAAAAACUCUCUAUAACCCACAGAAGAAGUUCUAAGAGUAGAGGUGCCCCCAAUUUCACCUAAUUCCCACAUCCCCACAGAAUCCAUGGAUUCCCUUGUUUUUCUCUGUGCCCGCCGCGUUGUUGCCCAGCGCCCUCUUCCCGACAUUCCUGCCCAUCUUUAUCCCGUCCUUUUCCAAGCGGCAUUCCUGGAUGGAAGACCCCUGGUCCUGCAGGAUUUGGUGGCCACUUGGCCUUUCCCAGAGCUCCACUACCUGCAGCUUGUGGGGGACCUGGAGCUGCACUGGGGUCAUCCCAGCAUCGAUUGUGACCAGGCCGUCAUCCAGGGUGUGGUAGCACAGCUCCGGCGGGAGCUGGAAGAGCCCGGCAGUGAUUCCAGCAGGUGCCAGCUGCGCGUGCUGGACAUGACUGGACUUACAGAUUUCAUGUCAGGCCACACUCCUGCUGGGUGGACCAUCUGGUCCAGAACCAAGGCUUUGGCCACGGCUUGUGUGGAGGUGUCCAGGCACCAGGAAGAACUCCAGAGGCAAGGAAUCAAGCAGCACAAAGGAUGCUCUGGAGUCAUGAUGGCCAAAGUUGCUCUGCAGCCCCCUGGCGUGGACGUCCACACCGACCUGGUCAUUGACAGAAUUGCCUACGGGAUCCUGUGUGACGCGCUCCAGACCGGAGCCGCUGGCCCGCUGCGCCUCAAGUGCCGUGAAUUCCAAACAGAGUACAUCUCAGAAUCCGAGAUCGUGCCUUUGCUGGACUCUCUGGAUCCAUCCUGUCUGCGGAGGGUGGAUCUGAACCUCGAAUAUUUGGUUGGGCUCUUGGUGAUCCUGCCGUGCCUCUCGCGUUUCCCAGAGCUGCGCAGCCUCAAGCUCAGGUACAGGAACUGGGACGUGCAGCACCCAACGCCUGAAUCGGCCAUCAGAAUCCGUGGUGUGGCCAGGCAGCUGGGAAUGCUGCCCAGCCUCCGGGAGCUCAAUCUGAGAUCCACUCAGCUCUCUGGGAAUCUGUGCCAGAUCCUCUGGUGAGUGCCCCAUGGAGCAGGGCCUGCCUGUGCUCUGGGGGGUUGGGCUCGAGGAUCUUGGGGGUCUUUUCCAACCGGAAUGAUCCCGUGUUUCCAGGAUUUCAUUAUCCUGAGGUUCCCAUGAUUCCAUUAUCCCAAUAAUUCGUGACUCCAUUGUCCCAUAAUUCCAUGAUCCCAGAAUUCCAUGAUUCCAGGAUUCCCAAAGGCUGAACUUCAGGAUGUUGGAGGACUUCUUCAACCUUAGUGAUCCCAGGACUCCAGGAUUUCAUUAUCCCAAUA